UAUUGUUUCAGUUUGUACUUUCUGGCAUUUGGCAACUGCAGGAAAAGUUCGGUACUUUCACUUGCUAAUAUCGGAAUUUUCCACAGCAGCAGCCGGAGCAAAUUCUGUACAUAAACACUGAGAAACGCUGACAGACCUCCCGGUUUGGAUACUGGGCUAUUUGCAUGAGUUAAGGCUUCCAGGGUUUGUUAGUUUUCUUUCAUUCCUGCCUAAAUAUCCCGCUGAAGGAUGGCUGCCAGUAUCAAAGCGCUCCAGCAGUGGUGUAAAAUACAGUGUGAUGGAUAUCGAGAUGUGGCGAUUAUCAAUAUGACAACCUCUUUCAGGGAUGGACUGGCGUUCUGUGCCCUUAUCCACAAACACAGACCCGAUCUCAUAGACUUUGAUUCUCUCAGUAAAGAAAAUGUAUAUGAAAACAACAGCUUGGCCUUCCGUGUUGCAGAUGAAGAGCUAGGAAUCCCAGCACUGCUGGAUGCGGAGGAUAUGGUGGCUUUGAGAGUUCCUGAUAGGCUCAGCAUUCUCACUUACGUGUCACAGUAUUAUAACUACUUUCAUGGCCGAUCGCCGAUUGGGGGAAUGGCGGGAAUUAAGAGACCUGCCGAAGUGUCGAAGGAGGAGCCAUCUGGGAAGAAGAAUCAGCCGGUGUUUGCUAAACCCCACCCACCUCAGUCUGCAGCAGAAAACAGACCACCUGCAUCCGUCACCAUCGCAAAACCAUCAAAAUCCUCCCCCGCACCAGCCGGGGACGCCGACAAAAAGCAGGUUUUGGUUGAAAGCUCUAAUAAAAAGGCAAGCCUCAGCAGUACUUGUGCAGUGUGCAAGAAUCAUGUUCACCUGGUACAGCGCCACCUUGUGGACGGAAAGCUCUAUCACAGGAAUUGUUUCAAGUGCAAGGAGUGCUCCAGUAUUCUUCUCUCUGGGACCUAUAAACCUGGUCCUGAAGCUGGGACUUACAUUUGUUCCACACAUCAGAACACCCAGAACAGCACCAAGAGCCCCCCGUUUUCUGCCAUGUUCACUGGAGGGGGGGCGCACAAGAGCACCCCGGUGUCACCUAAAGCUGCGACUGUGUGUUUGCCCCCUAAAACCGAAAGCUCCCCAGUUUCGCGAUUCCCCACGCCAACCCCACUGCCUGUGAGCACCAAGCCCAGUGAUACAAACUCCACUGCCAAGCCAUGGACUUCUUCGGCUCAGAAAACCCAGGCAGCUCGGGAAAAGUUCUUCCAGUCUGGCCAGCCAACGGCACCGGACCCUUCCAGCAACAGGGGGCCAUCAGCGGGCGUCACUGCAGAAACCCCAAGCAGAGUCACGUCACCUGUCAGCCCAGAUGACAGAAAGGACAAGGCUAGAUCAUUUUUAGCAAAGAAAAUACCACUUGAGGGAAACGCCAACAACAACAACACAUCGCUUUCCGUUGCAGGAGGGAAAACGCCUGAAUUUCAGCUCAAUAGCAGACUUGGGAAUAAGUCUCCUGCCUCAGAGGUGCCCAGCUGGAGGAGGGACAGUCCUGUGUCAGUGGGAUCCAGACCCGUUUCGUCCUACGAGCCCUCGCCACAAGCGGAGGACAGCAGUAACGAGCCACCGUGGCUCAAAGCCACUUCCCCAAACAGGUCUUCCAGCCUGCGAACUCCAGUCAAAACACCUGCCCUCUCGCCAGGCGCCAAGGAUGCUGAUACCAAUGAGUCUCCUGCAGACUGGCGGUCUAAACUCAAACCUGUCUUAAAAGGAGCUUCAUCAAAGCCCACAGAUGCUAAAGACAAAGGCUCUUCUAUGUCCGCCUCUGAAAUAAGGAAAACAGAUGUUCCCCCUAAGCCCUCACCUAGCAGCGGUUUGCUCUCUCCGGCCUCCAAACCCACUUCAACCUCCACCUUUUCCACGACCAUCUCCAUUCCUGCAGCUCCCAGCCCCGACAAGCAAACAGCACCUUCUCCCAGGCCCUCUCCCAACGGGCCCAGUGGGCAGAGGACUCCUGUUACCAUUAAUGUGAAUUUUUACAAGGGCUCACCUGCUAAAGAUGUCACCAGCCCUGAAUCUAAGGCACAGAAGGCGAAACAGGACUACAUUCCCCAGGAAGAGAUCCUGAAGGAGCUGGAAGAGAUUGAGGACCAUCUCAAUGAUUUAGAAAAGAAAGGCAUUGAGAUGGAGAAACAGCUUCGCAGCUAUGAGGGAGAGGAAGAAGAGGAUGCCUUGAUGGUGGAAUGGUUCAAUUUGAUCAGAACAAAACAGAUGUACAUGAGAAGAGAGUCAGAGCUGGUUUACAUAGCAAAGACUCAGGAUUUAGAAGAACAGCAGCCGGGGGUGGAAGAGGAGCUCAGGAGACUACUGGAGAAGCCAGAACAUCGGAAGACUCCCGCGGACAAGAAACGGGAAGAGGAGCUGAUGAACAAGCUGGUGGAAAUUGUCAAUGACAGAAAUGCCAUUAUAGAUGGGCUUGACGAAGACAGGCUGAGGGAAAGGGAAGAAGACCAGCAGCUGAAUGAAAUGAUGCAGAAAUUUGACCUAAAGAAAGACAAAGGAGAAAAGAAGAAAAUGUCUCCCUUUGCAAAACUAUUUAAAAAGAAGGAUAAACCGAAAGAAAUCAUGGAGGAAUAAGUAUCCAGGGAGCCACUUUUGCCAUCCGAAUUGUUCUUCUGCGACUGUCACACAUUUUUUCAUUCCAGUGUGAUUAGUGUAAGCAUCCACACCUGGUGGAGUCAAACCAAAAUUCAUAUAAGAAUAGUGUAACAUUUAAAGUGUAUAUUUAGAUCAGGAAUGAGGAGCUUGCACAGGUGACAUUGAAGAUGCAUACUCCUGAAGUACACACAUAGUGCCUGCUACCCUGUGAGUAUCUCAGUGAUUUCUAAACACCAAGUCCUUCACACCAUGUUCCUUCUUGGUGUGUCAACAUCUGAGAAUUAAGAUUAAAUACACUUUCAUUGUCUUAACCUUAAAUAAAGGCUGCUGUACAGUAUCUAACGCUUUCAGGAAUUUGUGAGCAUCCUAAAAGUAUCAUGCAGUGUGAUGAUUUACAUGUGCAUGAUGUUUUUAACUUGACAGUACCGUUUUAUUUUACAGCACUGUGAAAACAAGUACUGUGCAACAAUAUGAAAGGUAUUGCUACUUUUCUUAAAAAUUGAAUUUUAACUGUAAUAUACUGAAAGUAUUUUAUUAUACUGUAAAGACAAUGAAACAGUAAUAUAUAUUUUGGAGUUUACCCAAUAAAACUGACUUAUACCACUGAGAUUACCACAAAGUAAUUACAUUCAGUAGUCUGUAAUAAUCUGUAAAGGGCAGCCAAUUACUUUACAUGCUCACUUAGUUUCUGCCCCAUGUCUGGUGAUAUAAAAAUCUCAUUUUUUUGGUUAUAGUUUAGAUGUUUCUCAGGAUGGGUAUGUGUAGUAUGAAAUUUGUUGCCUCUCUUCCUCUCCAUUACAACAAACAUUUUUAUUUUUAGAUUGUGCAUCGAAUCGCUUUGGUAACGAAUUGAAUAAUUGUUCUGUCAAAAUGGAACCUCGCGAGUGAAUCAAAUACAGUUUUUGAUGCACGUAAGUGUGUUUAUGAAAUGAAGAAGAGUAUUAAACUGGUUUAAACUAGUUGAGAAUGUUAAAUUGAACUUUGUGGAGUUGCACUUUAUUAAACAGACCUACUUAUUUUAAAUCAACUGGCCUUGCUUUGUUUAUAACCUACAGGAAUAAACACAAAGGUUUGAAGUUAAUAGUUGUCAAUAGGAUGAGUAAAUGGAAGAAAAAAACAUUUUUAAAAUUGGCAUAGAAAACCAGGUUACUGAAUAUGUUGAAAAUGCAUUACUAUUCUACAAGUAUAUUUGACUCAAAUCGGAUCAUAAGUACUUACUACUGUCAUAAGCAAUUGAUCUCUUAAGCAUUGUGUAAGAUAAUAUGAAGUAUCAAGUAUAUUGUGAAAAUACAUUUCUUUAUAUUUUUCAGAAGAGACAAUACCUUCCAGCUUUGGGAAAAUGGUUUCUUUGUUGUUCUAUUUACAAAUAAGGCAGAACUGCUAUAAUUGUGCGAUUGUUUUAACAUGGAAAUAUUGGAUACAAAUAUUCCUAGCAUCUUUUAAUCAGAAGGUGGCAGUAUAGAUUUAAUUGUGGCAGGGGUUGUAAUGGCAGGACUCUCUGGCCUCAUUUCUGUUCUUGAAAUUGUUUUGUUAGUUUUUUGUGUAUGUGUGACUACAAACUGCAAAUCACUGUAUUAUACUGCCCCUAAACAGAUUAAAAAAAAAACUCCAUACAUUUUUAAAUUGUGGAAAAUGUGAUAUCGUUUUCACCUGCACCAUUUGAACAAUUUUUUUUAUAUUCUUUGGUGCUAAGAUCUCACAUUUGUUUAAGAAAUGAGCAAAGCUGUCACUGGUCUGAAAUCUGUAUUUGACACCUGUCAGUAGACUCUCGUCAGCUUAAAGAUUUCUAUGUGGUGUGGAGCUGUAUAUUGUUAUAUUUCUUGUACUUGUUUAAAAUAAAAAAAUGCAUAUCUUUUGUAA